UUUUUCAAAAAAAAUAAAUAUCAAAAUCGGUUAUCUUUACUGCGAAACUCUUAAAAUACACUUCCGGCAAAACAGUUUGUUGGCAACCAGAAUGCCAGCCCAAAAGAGAUACUCCGGUAUCCACGAUGCCGUUAAAAAUGGUGAUGUACUGGAACUGGAGUCUAUGGUGAAAAAUGGUGCCAGUAUAAACGAAGUAGAGGAGGCAGACAAGUUUACUCCAUUACACACUGCCUGUAAUAGUGGGGCACUAGAGUGUGUUCAUUGGUUACUUUGGCAUGGAGCUGAUGCCACAGUGACCACAACAAGAGGGUGGACCCCAGCCCACAUUGCAGCAAUCAGAGGCCAAGAUGCCUGCAUGCAGGCACUGGUAAAUAAUGGAGUCAGCAUGUCUUCAAAAGACUCAAGGGGAAGCACUCCUGCUCAUCUAGCAGCUGCUCAUGGAAACUCUUUCACACUCAACACAAUCUUAAGGGCUGGAAUUGAUGUGAAUGCAACAGACAACUUUGGCUGGAGCUUGGUUCACUCAGCAGCGUAUCACGGUCGUCUGGGCUGCCUUCAGUUAUUGAUCAAAUGGGGAGCAAAUAUAGAUGAAGUGGACAAGGUUGGAAACACACCAGCUCACUUGGCUGCUGGAGAAGGACAGCUGCCCUGCCUGAAGUAUCUAGUCAGUACAGGUGUUAACCCUCUACAUGUCCUGGGUGCCAGGAAUGAUCAGGGGGAGACGCCCAAAGAUCUGGCCCAGCAGUUCUACAAGGAUGUCAUAGUGGAGUAUAUUAACGGGAUAGAAUGGGAAAGGGACCACCCAGAAGAGGCAGAAAACUUAGCAUUCCCAGCUCAUGUGGCAGCAUACACAGGGGACUUAGAUCACCUACGCAUGUUAGUGGAAAAUGGAGUAAUCAACAUUAAUGAAAGGGACGAGAAAGGGGCCACCCCAGCUCACAAAGCUGCUGGAAAUGGUCACCUCCAUGUUCUUCAGUGGUUAGUGGAGAUGGGAGCCAACAUGACCAUCACUAACCAGGCAGGAGAGACCCCCAGGGAUGUGGCCAGAAGGUUCGGUCAGCUGGCCUGUGUAAAGCUCCUAGGAGGGGAUCCAGAGGAGGACACCUCAGUGGUGGUGGGGGAGGAUGAAGAAGAUGGAGAGGAGGAUGUAGAGGCCAGCACUGAGGGGCGGGGAGUGGCCCAGACUGAGAGGCAGAAACAGGAAGCUAGGUCCAGGGCCAAGAAUCGAGUGUCUGAACUAGAGAGGAUGUUGGAGAUUGCUAAAAAGAACUACACACAGCUCGGGGGAAGACUGGCAGAGGACAAGAAGCGUAUGCAGCAGAUCAGGGACAAAGACAAGACUAUCACUGAGCUGGAGGCACAACUUGACUAUGAAAGACUGAGAAGAGAGAAACUCGAGGCCCAGUUAGACGAGUACAGAAGAGAAAUAGCGGAGAUGAAGUACCAGCUACAGACCAGGAUGUAUGGAGAAGAAAGUACUGAUGAAGAAAUUGAGUCUGUAAUGGCAAGAGCUAAGAAGAAUGGGAAGAAAUCUGGGAAGAAGGGAUCUCGACGCAAGACUGAGGACGAAGACAGCGGAGUUUUUAUAAAAAGAAACAUGUCAAAUCCAAAGAAGGGCAACAAGUACAGAAUAGUGUGAAUCCAGUGAGAAAUGGAAAAGUGGAAAUUCUUCCUUUGACUAUUUUUGAGAACUAUGUCACAGUACAUAUAAACUGAUAAUGGCUUGUGCUCUUCGAUACUGGUAGGGAGAUACUUAAAUUGUUUCUCCAAUGGUUUGUAGUCAGAUAUGUGGUAGGCUUUUAAUAUUAACCAGGGUUUUUCUUUUUUCCAAUGGCAUAUAUAGUACUUUUAAGUAAAAAAAGAAAUUCGUAAUUUCUUCUUCACAGUAACAUGAGUAAGGAACUGCAUACAUACUGAUGGUAUGCCUAAAAAAUUUUGUUAUAUACAUGUACAUACAUAUUUGUACCGGUACACUGUAACAGUUACUGUGUAUUUAUAUGGAUACGUUAUUGACAGAAACUGAAAAGUUGUACAAAUAGGACAGUACAUUUUUUUCAUUAUUAACUGUAAUAAAUAUGUUAUUUAAUGUACACAGUGGUACAUUUGCAAUAGUAUAUUGAUUUUAUGUUUUACUUUAUGGACUGCAUUUUAUUUUAUUAUACUUGUAGUGUUUUAUGUUGGCGAAUGUGAAAAUGUGGGAUCAUUUGAUUAAUCAAAGUAAAAUUUGAUAUCAUGUCUAACAUGUCUAAUAUAAUGGAAUUGAAUGUUUAAAUGAAUUAUUCUCUUUGAAAAUCAUCUUGUGAAUAAUUAAUAAACAUUAAAUUUAUUUGAAGACCUAUCUGUAAAAUUUAAAGUGAUCAAAAUAAAAAAUCCAUAUGCAACUCAAA